AUGAGGACCACGACCACCAUGAGAACAAGACGAACAACUUCCCAUCAGUCGAGACGAACCACGACAGAACCUCGUACGAAACGGACGACGUCUGCCCCUGAAACGAGACAAACAACCAUCACCACUCAGAAGACUCGGAAUGAUAGAAGAAGACGCGGGCGGCCCACUACCACCACUCCAAGAUCGACUACCAUUACUCCAAGAUUCACAACCACUACUCUAAAAUCCACUUUCACCGGCCGAAGGAAGUUCAAAGGACGCGGAUAA